GUCACCGCGACCCACGCAGUACAGGCAGGCAGUUGCGGUCUCCGUGUCACAGCGGGACUUCAAACAGCUUUGAGCGUGACGUGACGAGGAGGGGAAGCUGGAAUCUCCUCUCUACAACCACAUCGACUGCAUGUAUAUCUGAUCCAGCUACCUUCUCAGAGCCAGUCCUGCUUUGAGUGGCCAUGACUGGGAACCACAAUGCCUCAAGUGCCCUUACCCUCCUGAUUCUUCUGACAGGGGCCUCCUUCCUCCAUUUAUCCACCACCACCCCUGGAAAAGUCAGUAACCCACACAGAGACACUCUCCCUGGCUUGUGGGUGUCAGAGGACGAACAAAGAAAGGAUGAGGAAAGACAAUCAAUGGAGAAAGAGAAAGCAGGGGAAGAAGAGGAACUCUUUGAAGAUGUGGAUCCCAAAACACUUGCAGCGGUUUUACUGGAGGCACUGAAUCUCUCACAAGUAGAGACAAGGAGGGAGGGACAGGGGCGUGAUGGGAUGGAAGAAGAUAUGAAGGAUGAAACAGAGGAGAUUAAAAAAGAAGAGGCAUACAGAAAAGCAAGAAUGAUGGAGGGAGCAGCCAGAGACCGAGAUGGACGACAGGAGUUGGAGCUGCUGAUGGCUGCACAGGGGAAGGAGCAAGAGAAAGAGCAAGAAGAAGAGAUUAAGAAAGCUCAAGAAGAAGAGGAGAAGAUGACAGAGAAGGUGACCAGUCAUACCACAAGCCAGACCAUCCAGGCUCAGACAGAGCAGCAGCUUGUUAGUCCAGACAUAGAAGGGGAAAAGAGGCGUCAUGGAACAAACAGCCCUGAACAUGGCAGCAGUGAAGAGGAAGAGCAGCUCAGUCCCGAGGAACUGAAGAGCCUCGAAACCGUGAUGAAGGAGUCUCCUCGUUUAAACACUGCCACUAAGAGGGAGGGUGAUUCCGAGCUAAACCAGAGAGAGAGCAGAGGUUACAGCAGUUACAAGAACAUCAUACCGGUCAACAAAAGCAGUGACCUCGCCAUGUCUAAGAAGAAACUCAAAUGGCAAGAGGAGACACAAAAAGCCAUGAACUUCCCAACAUUCAGAGGGAAUUUUAUGGAUGACUUUGAGAAUAGUAAUUAUGCUGGUAGUAAAGCAGCACAGUCCCAGAUUCCAGAAGAGCAGGAGGUGACAGAAGAUAAUGAACUGGAGGAAGAGGAAGAUGAGGAGUUGUUAAGUCCUGAAGAGGAGGAGGCUCAGGCUAAAGCGGAGCAGGAGGAGAUAAGGAGGCAGGCAGCUGAGGCACAGAGAGCUAAGAUGGAAGAGGAGAAGUUGGCUGACAUCGCCUCAGACAUGCUGCUGCGCUACAUGGUCAAACAGAAUAAUGGAAAUAAGAAGUACAGCUCAUCUCUCUCCAAUGCUCUAGAGGACAAGAGGUCCGAUGAGCAACAGGAAGUGAUGGAGGAAGACGAUAUCGAUCCCCAGACCAUCGACAAGCUGAUAGAGAUCUCCAGUAAGCUCCACCUUCCUGCUGAUGAUGUGGUGGACAUCAUCAGUGAUGUAGAAAGGAAGAAGAAGAAAGAUGUGCCACUCGAGAUGAUGUCUCAUUGGCAACAACCUCCAACUCCACUGUCUUCUUCAUUAUCAUCAACCAAUGGUUUCUUGACAUUUUUGAUUUCAGCAAAUCAAAAUAAAUUCCCCAUCUCUAAACAAUCCUCUCCAGCUUUCAAUCUCCACAAAACAAGAUUUCAGGGGAAAUCACCAAUAAAAUCGCAGGAUCUCUGGAGCAAACUUGAAAGGCCUCUGCAAGCCAAUCAAAAUCCUUGGCCCAAACCUCAAAAGCCUCUGUCAGUAAAACAGGACCUCUGGAUCAAAUCACCCAAGUCUGGCUACCCUUUUUACCCCUACACACACCCAUCUUACCACCAGAUGAGGCCCUACCCAGACUACUAUCCCAUCUAUUUUCCUCCUCUUCCCAGACCCAAACCUCGUUACAAUGCCCCCAAAUCCACCCACACCAUCAACAACUUCCUGGGAAAUUCCAUAGGUAACACCUACAGUUUCACUCCCAAACACCGUUACCAUAGCUGGGUCCAACCCCAGCUGAGAAAACCCCCAGCAGGUCUCCAACAGAAGCCUUACUACAUCAGCUACCCACUGCCACUGUACCCCCGAACAUUUCAGAACAUUUUACCCAUUCCUAAACCACAUUCACCUCCUCAAGUGAUCCCUCCUCCACAGAAGCAGUUUUAUUACCCGGCACCAGCAGUGACAAGAAAUGAAGAUUAUUUUGUGGUUGGAAAGCAGCCAGACAGUAGUAACCGUGAUGAUCUGGAGAAAUACAUGCAGCAGAUACUCAUGAAGAGACUGCAAAUAUUGGACUGAAAGGUGAAUGAGAGGAGAGCAAGAAUAAGGAAAAGAGGAAAAGAGGAGAGAUUAGCAGAAAGCAGUGGAUUUUUGUGGAUUUUGUUUUCCUGGUAUUUGUUUUGUUUUACAUACUGUAUGUAACAAGUUUCUUUCCUCUAUUUUGAUUAGUUGUAUUUUUGACAAGGACGUUACAGAAAACUUUCCAGAGGUAGUCUGGAUAAAAUGGAAUUGUUAAGGAAACAUACAGGUCCUCAUUCUUCUGUUAAGGAGGAGAAACGGGUCUGUCGGAAAGCAGCAUGACAACAUUCUCCAUUUGGACAUUUUACAAUGCCAACAAAGGAGGACACUUAAAUAUGUCAUUAUCUGUAUCUUUUAAAAAAAAGAAAAAACCUGAAUCAGAGAGUGAGAGUCGGAUGAAUUAUAGACAGUGAUGGAUGCUGGAAAAUGUUUCAUGGCUGAUGGAAUUUUGCUCUCUAAACACAAACACAACAUUUGUGUAAUUAUCUCAGGCAGGGACAUUUGAACAAUAUUUCACUUAAGAGAGUCUCUCAAAAGUGACAUACACGUUGUGGCCAGAAGUAUGUUCCAGUCCUAUGUGAUAGUUGAACAUGUGAUUCCUAAAUUGUGUUCUUUAAUAUUCUGCUAUAAUAGCCUCCACCCUUCUGGUUUCAGGCUUUCCACCAAAUUUUGAAAUCUGGCUGCAGGAAAUUUUUUUCCUUCCAGCCGUAAGAGCAUUAGUGAGGUCGAAUGCUGUGGCUCAGUUCUGGUUUAUCCCAAAGGUGAUUGUUGCAGUUGAGGGCAUUUUCAUGUUAUAACAGGAAAGGGGAGCACACAAAGUUGGAAUCUCACUAUUGUUUAAAAUAUCACAGUGUACUGGAGCUUUAAGAUUUACCUUCCUUCUUUCAUUGGAACAAAGGGACCUAGUCGGAACCAGUAAUAACAACCCCAGACCACACGUCUGCAUACUUUUGGCUAUAUAGUGUAUGAGCUGACAUAACUAGACAUGCUCAAGUCCUCCGUCACUCAGUUAAUUCACUCAGAUGCAAAAAAUAACCCAAGCUUCACAAAUCCCCCUCAUAAUAAACCUGGAUCUGUUGAGUCUUUGGCAUACUUAAAGCUAAUAACCUAUAUAAAUUUAUACAAAAUUAUAUAUUGCUCCAUUCAUAAUCUCUUUAUAACCUAUGCCGUUUGUUCUCAGUAGUUGUUAGCAAGAAACUGAUGCAACAAAUCGACUAGCAGUGGUUGCUAUUUUUUUUUUUUAAUCAUCAGGGAACUUGGGGAUUCGACAAGGUCGGGUUAGAAAACAUAGCCGAUCUGGAUCACUUGGAUCAGGCUGUAACCGGCUGAGUUGAGUGAGUGCAUGGGACUCACUGAGGCAAACCAACCUGGAUGUACAGGACACGUGACUGUAAUCGAGAUUUUUAUGGCUCUCGGUUACACUCACUUGGCUCAGCUGAUUACCGCAUGACCCAUAUGAGCCAGAUCGGCUAUAUUUUCGGCCAUGCUGGAAGUUUUUCUAACU